GAACUGCCAUUCAUUUUCACACAAGACUUUCAGGUGUUGUGAUUUCUGCUGGAUUAUGCCUUAUCAUGGAAACCUCAGUGCCUUCACUCCUGUUGGUUCUCUGGCUUAAGAAUGUGCUGAACUGGGUGCUGGUUGUGGUGCUGAGGCACUACAUGAGCCGGACUUUCUCUGGAUUUUUCAGCAUUUCUUUAACAUUAAUUGACAGCCUCCUGAGUUUGGUCCUCACUGCUAUUUUCUACCUGGAAGACUUCAACAUCUCAGGCUGGCACAUCACAAGGAGCCACAUAUGCCUGCUGGCUCAGAUCGCAUGCCUCAUCUAUGCAGUGAUUAACUGGCCAGUGUUUCUCCUUGUAGGACUUGAUAACUUCUGGACACUAUCUUCAAGCUCAACAAACACACAGAAACUGACUUACGUUGCUGGAGUGGCUCUGCUUUGGAUUGCGGCGACUCUGUAUGUUUUCUGGACGCCCGGUGUUGUUGUAUUAUUAGGGGAUGAUAAUGAGAAUCCCCAGUGUGAGAUGUUUAGCAGCGCUCAGAGCUCUCAGGUCCUCGUGGCGUUGCUGAUGACGACCACCUGCGUCAUUCUGUACUCGUACGCACCGGUGGACAAAUGCAGGGCUCUGCGCGCCCCCGAGCAGCGCUGUUUGCUUUGUUUACGGCGGGUUAUGCUGACGUUCAUGAGCACGUGGGCGCCGUUCCCCGUACUGUUGAUCGUGUCUCCGCUGCUGCAGGUGGAGAUGCACGCGCUCCUGCAGGUGAAUGUCUUCUGGCUGUGUUUCCUCAACAGCUUCUGUGUCGCUUUGACUCUGUGCGGUCGCUCUUUUGCGCCCAAUUACACGAAAAGCGACACCUUCACUGACGGCUUUUGUUCCUGGGGCGUUAGCUGUUCAUGCGGAGCUGAGGAGCGGGGUUAUGGACAAACUGGAGCCACUAAACAAGUUAAAACACUCAAUAUCUGACCGUGUAUGGUCUGAAUGAGGAUUAUCUGUUUGCUUGUUUGCGUUACAGUAAUAAACACGUAUUAAAUGCAAUUUAAAUGAUUUCC